AGCAGCUAGCUAAGCGUAGAAAAAAAGGAAAAAAAUAGUAAGACAGAAAGGGGGAGGAAACUUCACUGAUUUACAGGAAUUUUGACAAAGUUGGACCCCGGGCCCAUAUUGUUCGGACUAUUUGGAGUUUCAGACUGGAAAACGGAGCCGCCUGGACCGAAAUGAUGGAAGACUCUCCUUUUAAUUCAUCAUAUUUCUGGUCUCCUGUCCCCACUGUGCCCGCACAGCUUGAGAAUGCCAUGUUUCUGAACAAGGUGAAGGAGCACCAGGAGAAGAAUGUCUCAUUCUCUCCAUCAUCGGCUUCCCACUACCAGACAACUCUUCUUACUAUCCCAAGUCCUGGAGCCAAGACAGAUGGAGGCGGGCAGGCCGGCGGUGCACCACACCUCCACCCUCCGCACAGCACCCAGAACAUCACAGUGUUACCUGUCCCCCCUACGGGCAUCAUGACAGCAGCUGGUCUGGUAAUCACUACACCUCAGGGAACGCUGGUCUCUCCCACUUCCUCUCAGUCGUUAGUCUCCGGUCAUCCGGCGACCACCAUGAUUGUUUCAGCGCUUCAUUCUACAGACAAGAAAGAAGGAGAUGGAAUGUCCCACGUAGUCGUGAUGCCAUCACCCUCCAAACGAGGGAGAAAAAAGAAGUCGAUGCUGUCUAGAAUUACAACUCUGGGAGGACCCGUAAAUGACACACUAAUACUGACACACCUGACACCUGGUGGACAGGUGUCAUCUUUGCAGCAUCAUACUGGAGAUCCAUAUGAACUGUCUAAUGAAGACGAAGAACAUGGGCAUAAAGACUCCACAAAGACAUACAGGUGCCGGAUGUGUGCGGCGACCUUCUUCAGUAAGUCUGACAUGCAGAUCCACUCCAAGUCGCACACAGAGGCCAAACCUCACAAGUGUCCUCACUGCGCCAAGUCGUUCGCCAACUCGAGCUACCUGGCCCAGCACAUCCGCAUCCACAGCGGGGCCAAGCCUUACACCUGCUCCUACUGCCAGAAAUCUUUCAGGCAGCUCAGUCACUUACAGCAGCACACACGGAACCACACAGAGUCAAAACCCCACAAGUGUCCACACUGUACCAAGUCCUUCGCCAACUCAAGCUACCUGGCUCAACAUGUCCGCAUCCACACCGGAGUGAAACCUUACUCCUGCUCGUACUGCGACAAGUGCUUCAGACAGCUCAGUCACCUUCAGCAGCACAGCAGAAUUCACACCGGGGAUCGACCGUACAAAUGCACCCAUCCAGGUUGUGAGAAAUCUUUCACACAACUCUCAAAUUUACAGUCCCACCGGCGUCAACACAACAAAGACAAGCCCUACAAGUGCCCCCACUGCAAUAAAGGAUACAUAGAGUCAGCGAGCCUGGAGGCACACAUGACUACACACACAGUCAAACACGCCAGGAUCUACUCGUGUGGUCUCUGCAACCGCUCUUAUACCUCAGAGACGUAUCUGGUGAAACACAUGGAGAAACACAACCCAGACCAGUUGACUGCUCCUGCAGUCUCUGCAGCACAGUCAGCGCAACAAAGCCAGGCCCAGGGCCAGGCUGGAGCUCAGAGCCGGGUGGAGAGCACGGACGGAGGGUUACGCCGACCCGGAGGCGCGGGGAACGGAGCGGGAGGCGGAGGUCAGCAAGGACAAAGCCAGAACAGCUACCCCCAGACAGAAAGCAUGCCUUGUCCAUUCGACCUGCAUCAAUAUAAGACUGUAUCUGCUGGUGACAUCCAGUACAAACCAGUCAGCGUCGCUGACCUUACGUCCCACAAAGACCUCUGUCUCACCGUGUCAGCAUCCACAAUUGAGGUGGAACACCUCAACUCUUAGAGGUGAAGGAAGGAAGGUGGUUGGGAGGUACUUGAUUCAAGUCGAGACAAACAGAGGAUGGAGAGUCAAGGAUUAAAGCAAUACUAGGAUAAUAUAGAAACUCUGGAACAUAUGACUGUGCCUGAUUGAUGAGUUGAGGCAGACAGGACAAAAUAUAUGCUCACAUGUUAUACUGAAGACUGUUUCUUUUUUAAUUUGUUUUUGUUUCGCCCGUGUUUUUCUUUGUUUUCCUUCCUGCUUAGUUGUUCUGUCUGAGUGAAAACUGCAUUUAAAGACUAAGUCUAUUUCAAUCCAUCACAGUGAUGGUUUUAUGAUGGGAUCUGUCUAAGAGAGUUUUUCCUUUUUAUUGUUACCACCAAACGAUCUUCCAAGCAAACACAGGUUUGACCAUAGCAAAGAUGAAAUAAGCAGUCAACUGUGAAGGUAAUUUUUUAUACUUUCAUACAGACUUUCAGUUUUACAUCAGUGUUAUUGCCUCUGCUGUUGGUGUAGCAUACAUGCUUUUGAUCUUUCAAACCCUAAAAGGGAUUUAAAAGGUUCAUUCUUUUUCAGGAAAAACCAAUCAAGUAUAUAAAGUUAUCUACUAUCACCUUAUUAUGUAUGAUUGAAAAUCUAAGGAAUUAAAAGAGGGAUUUGUUUGCAGCUUCACAUGACCUUUGAAGAAACGAGAUACUUCAGCUGUCAUGUAAUCAAGUUUACUAUGUUGUGUGUAUGUGUGUAUUGUUAUCCAAACGUGCUCUUGCUAUAAUACUUCCACAAUAACUAUGUUUAUAAUAAUUCUCUUUAUGCUUAAAUAUAAUAAAGAAUAUGAAAUGUU